AUGCAGGGAGGACGACAUGUCAAGACCGGACAGCUGGCUGCCAUCAAAGUCAUGGACGUCACAGAGGAUGAGGAGGAGGAAAUUAAGCUGGAGAUCAACAUGCUGAAGAAGUAUUCCCACCACAGAAACAUAGCCACCUACUAUGGCGCUUUCAUUAAGAAGAGCCCCCCCGGACACGAUGACCAGCUGUGGCUGGUGAUGGAGUUCUGUGGUGCGGGGUCCAUCACUGACCUGGUGAAGAAUACCAAGGGGAACCAGCUGAAGGAGGACUGGAUCGCCUACAUCUCCAGAGAGAUCCUGAGAGGGCUAGCCCACCUGCACGCCCACCAUGUGAUCCACCGCGACAUCAAAGGCCAAAACGUGCUCCUGACCGAGAACGCCGAGGUCAAACUUGUGGACUUUGGCGUGAGCGCCCAGCUGGACCGGACAGUGGGCCGCAGAAACACCUUCAUCGGGACUCCUUAUUGGAUGGCCCCUGAGGUCAUCGCUUGUGACGAGAACCCGGACGCCACCUACGAUUACAGAAGUGAUCUGUGGUCCUGUGGUAUCACAGCGAUUGAAAUGGCUGAAGGAGCACCACCACUUUGUGACAUGCACCCCAUGCGUGCGCUCUUCCUCAUUCCAAGAAACCCCCCUCCGAGGCUCAAAUCCAAAAAAUGGUCCAAAAAGUUUUUCAGCUUCAUCGAGAGCUGUCUGGUGAAGAACUACACUCAGCGCCCGCCGACAGACCAGCUGCUGAAGCAUCCCUUCAUCCGCGACCAGCCCAACGAGAGGCAGGUUCGCAUCCAGCUGAAAGACCACAUCGACCGGACGAAGAAAAAGAGGGGCGAGAAGGAUGAGACAGAGUAUGAGUACAGCGGCAGCGAGGACGAUGAAGAGGACCCCCAGGAGCAGGAAGGAGAGCCGAGGUACUGUCUUCAGCCUGCCUCACUUCCCAAAAGCGAGCGCACCCUUCCUUCUAAGCCUCCCUCUCUGCCAUCUUCCAGCUCCAUCGUCAAUGUGCCCGGCGAGUCGACUCUCCGCCGCGACUUCAUCCGCCUGCAGCAGGAGAACAAGGAGCGGUCGGAGGCCCUGCGCCACCAGCAGCUCCUCCAGGAGCAGCAGCUCCGAGAGCAAGAGGAGUACAAGCGCCAGCUGCUGGCCGAGAGGCAGAAGCGCAUCGAGCAGCAGAAGGAGCAGAGGAGGCGUCUGGAGGAGCAACAAAGGCGCGAGCGAGAGAUGCGGAGGCAACAAGAGCGCGAGCAGCGCCGGCGCGAGCAAGAGGAGAAGCGGCGCAUGGAGGAGAUGGACCGUAGACGUAAGGAGGAGGAGGAGCGCCGGCGCGCCGAGGACGAGAAGAGGAGGAACGACCGGGAGCAGGAGUACAUCAGGCGUCAGCUGGAGGAGGAGCAGCGCCACCUGGAGAAGCUGCAGGAGCAGCUGCUCCGUGAACAGGCCAUGCUGCUGGAGUUCAAGUGGCGGGAGCUGGAGGAGCAGCGAAAAGCUGAGCGGCUGCACCAGCGGCUGCAGCAGGAGCAGGCCUACCUGCUGUCGCUGCAGCACCAGUCCAAAGCGCAGCCCCCCCACCACAGCAAACCCCCCCACACCUCCACCCUGCCCCCCGACGGAGCUCUCGCCGCAACCCCCCAAGCGCAGGUGCUCGAAGUUGCCGUGGCGAGAGGCACCGGCGAGUCCUCCGGAGCCGCCCCCGCCCUCCCCUCGGACCGCACCAAACCCCAGGCGGCGGCGCAAGAGGAUGCCGAUGAGAGCCUUCCCAGCAAGAGCCCCCCCUCUCCCAUCCCAUAUCCGCCUAGGACUGAAGCCCCCUCUGACUCUAAAACUCCCCAGGCAGAAGGUCUGGAGCCCGUCGGGCCAACCGAGCCUGGCAGUCAAUCUCCUCAGCCAAUCGGAGAGGCGGACGAGCGCUACCGUAAGAAUAUCCAGGGCUCCCCUCAGACCGCCCCUCCUCCCAAGCAGCCCCCUCUGCCUCCCCGCUCCUCUGAACCCUACUCCAAUGGCGGCUCCUCUUCCGAGGCCUCCGCCAUGCAUCGCCCCAUGGAACCUCAGGUCCAGUGGUCACACCUGGCCGCUCUAAAGAGCAGCAACAGCGCCGCCCCCUCUCCUCCUCCUCCGCCUGUGGUCUCUCGCUCCCAGUCCUUCAGCGAAUCUGGCAAUGUGGCCUCUAGCUUUGCACAACUCCACAUGCGUUCCCAGGACCCCCAUCAUCACCACCACCACCACCACCCUUCGCCCGCACGCACUGACCCCCAACCCCAACAUCCCCUCCACCACCCUCAGGCCCAAUCUAGACUUGAACACCAGAACAGCAGCGAGGAGGUCCCUCCCAAGGUACCGGUGAGGACAACUUCCAGGUCUCCUGUGCUGUCACGCCGAGAGUCUCCCCUGCCAUCUCAGCCCAGCAGCCAGAGGAAUGCCGGCGGAAAUGUGGAGCAGCGCCCACUGUGGGACCGCGUGGAGAAGCUGCAGUCUCGGCCGGGCAGCGGCAGCUCCUCGGGCUCCUCCAACUCCAGCGCCCAGGCCAGUCCGGGCGAGCGCUUCAGGCCUCGCUGUGAGUCCCCCGCUUCCUCUAAAUCUGAAGGAUCGCCUCUCCAGCGGCCUGAAAACGCUCCCAAAAAAACGGAUGAAAAGAACCUCUCCAGGCCCACUCGACCAGCUGACCUGACGGCUCUGGCGAAGGAGCUGCGGGCCGUGGACGAUGUGCGGCCUCCACACAAAGUGACGGACUACUCCUCUUCGAGCGAGGAUUCGGGCACCACAGACGAGGAGGACGACGAGGAGGUGGACCAGGAGGCGGGGGAGGAGUCCACAUCCGGAGCCGAGGACUCCCGAGCCGGGCGGCUGAGUAACGGGGACGCGGCCUCGGCAAAGACCAUGCUGGUGGAGGACUCGGAGAGCGAGCUGGCCACAACGCCCUCCAAAGACGGCACGCUGGUCAUCAGACAGAGCACAGCUGACAUAAAGCGGUUGGUCAGUCUCUCAUCUUCCUCCUCUUCCUCGCCGGGCUCUGGCAGUGGCCACAGCCUCCCAGAGAAAAACGGCUUUGCCGGUCGCAUACAACACCUACCAGACCUUAUCCAGCAGAGCCAUCACUCCCCCUCCUCCUCCACAGCCAUCCUUUCCUCCUCCUCCUCCUCCUCCUUCCUCUCCUCAUCUAGCCAGGCCAGUUCUGCAAUGACCCCACAGAUCUCCCUGGACGAGCUGACUGCCAUAGAGUCCCAGUCAGAGAGCAACUCCAUGUCCAAACACAAGUCUUCCUCUUCCUUCACUCCCUUCAUCGACCCACGCCUUCUCCAGAUUUCUCCAUCCAGUGUCAACAACAUGGCAGCGUUUGGACAAGAGGGACGGCUCGCAGACCCGCUGAGGUCCGACCCGUCCCGCAAAGGCUCGGUGGUCAACGUGAACCCGGUCAACACGCGUCCACCCAGCGACACUCCAGAGAUCCGCAAGUACAAGAAGAGGUUCAACUCUGAGAUCCUGUGUGCGGCCCUUUGGGGAGUGAACCUGCUGGUGGGGACGGAGAGCGGCCUGAUGCUGCUGGACCGGAGCGGUCAGGGGAAGGUCUACCCCCUCAUCAACCGCCGCCGCAUCCAGCAGAUGGACGUCCUGGAGGGGCUCAACGUCCUGGUCACCAUAUCAGGCAAAAAGAACAAGCUGAGAGUUUAUUACCUUUCAUGGCUCAGAAACAAGAUUUUGCACAACGACCCCGAGGUGGAGAAAAAGCAGGGCUGGGUCAACGUGGGUGACCUGGAGGGCUGCGUCCACUACAAAGUCGUCAAGUACGAGAGGAUUAAGUUCUUGGUUCUGGCCUUGAAGAACGCUGUUGAGGUGUACGCCUGGGCUCCCAAGCCCUACCACAAAUUCAUGGCCUUCAAAUCGUUUGGUGACCUGGUGCACAAGCCUCUGCUGGUGGACCUAACAGUGGAGGAGGGCCAGAGGUUAAAGGUCAUCUAUGGCUCCUGCUCAGGCUUCCACGCCGUGGACGUGGACUCGGGGGCCGUCUACGACAUCUACCUGCCCACACACAUCCAGACCAGCAUUCAGUGCCACGCCAUCAUCAUCCUGCCAAACACGGACGGCAUCGAGCUGCUGGUGUGCUACGAGGACGAGGGCGUCUACGUCAACACCUACGGGCGCAUCACCAAAGACGUGGUGCUGCAGUGGGGGGAGAUGCCGACGUCCGUGGCCUACAUUAGGUCCAACCAGAUCAUGGGCUGGGGCGAGAAAGCCAUAGAGAUCCGCUCGGUGGAGACCGGCCACCUGGACGGCGUGUUCAUGCACAAGAGAGCCCAGAGACUCAAGUUCCUCUGCGAGAGGAACGACAAGGUCUUCUUCGCCUCUGUGCGUCCCGGAGGCGCCAGCCAAGUGUAUUUUAUGACCCUGGGCCGCACCUCUCUCAUGAGCUGGUAGGCGGAGCCCCGCCACCGUGACGACUAACCCGAGCAGCGACUGACCCCCGACCACGACCACCAACGCGGCGAGGGCGGCCCGGGGCCCCCGGGCCUCCUCUCACCCGCUCGGGGAAACCCAAAUCGGAUUGGACUGUGACCACCGUGGGAGACGGGGCGGCCGGCCUCCAGAUCUCCCUGACCCAGACGUCUCUCCGCUGAGGGACAUGCCCUCCGCCGCUCUUUGUGUCAUAGUACAACUUUCCAGCCCGUGUGUGAGCGACUUGGCGCCGGCGCGGCCGAGAAGCCCACACUUCCUGUGCCACGACUCCAGUGUAGCUGUGUUUCCUCCCGGCCCUGUUCAGGUGAAGAUUUCCAUGUCAAGCAUGUUACUGUAACACUUAGUUCAGAUGUCCUCCAAUAGAUGGUGCUUGAUGUGUAAACUAGCCUCUGUGUCUUCACUUUGUUUGCCUUCACCUCCUUAUCGUGAAGACUUCUUAAGGGACCUUCUUGAUAUAUCUGUUACAUACAGGGUACUGGAUAUCAGAUUGUACAUACCAACUAUAAACUCGCAAAGGUUUUCUAGACACUUUGACCACAUUGCCUCAUGUGCUGUAGGUUAUGUCGGACAGAAGUAGCCCCGUUUAUGACGGCAUGACACUUAGCCCCUGGUUGACUUUUCCCCUUUCUUUUCUUGAGUACACUGUAAAUUUUGUAUGCGACUUGCUGCAUAUGAAAAGCGAAUCGAGGCAGGACACACACAUGGGUAAAGGAAUGAACCCACACUGUUUAUCUUUGACCUGUACUUUUUAUUGGCUUCACUUCUGUCGUGACGUUUUCCUGAUUAGCCUCUGUGGUCGACCGGCUGUGGUUCCACUGGAAAUAUAUUAACACGCUAACAGAACCGACCCAGAAAUGUGAGGCUAAUUAGUGCUUUUUCCACUCGGGUGGAUUUUUCUAUCGACAUCCACUCUGAGUAUGGCUAAGUGAAACUGUGAAUUAGACGAGCAGAGUUGAGUAGCAUGCUGGGCAGCCGGGGAAUCGGGCAGUGCCGGGGUAAUCCCACUCCCUGUCCCCCGCCAGCACAGGUGUGACCAGUCACACCUACGACCAGUCAGCUCUGUGCUUUGAAGGAAUCUUUAGCUUCGUGUGUAGCUGAACGGUGGCCUUAGGGUCCUCCGGCUGAUUCCAUUUUUUCAAACUCCACAUUUUCAAAACUUCAGGGUUUUGGAUUUUGUGUGCUGUAGAAACACUGUAGUCUAAAUCAGCCAUGUGACUCUGUGUUGGACCUCUCCCCCCACCCCAACAUUUAGUGGGUUAGUUUGCUGAAUCCAGGCUGGAUUGUAAAGACGCCCAACAUUAACUGCACUCCCUCCGAGAACUGGUCGAUUUCUCUUUGGUUUUAUUUGUCUGAGAGCCAACUGGCUGUUGAACGUGGGGGCUCUGAGGUGGAGCCUUCAGGGGACCUGCUGAGAACAGCGCCUCACAACCAGAAGCUUUCACACUCACCAUCUGUGAAACGCAGAGAAGGCAAAUCCAGAAAGCGCCCGUUCUGAUGGCAGUGUUACAGAACCCCGUUAGACGGCAGAUUUUUAAAUUCUGACUUAGUUUUUAGUCUUCUUUCUGCAAUUUUGCAAUGUAUCCCUUCAGAUAAGUAAGCGACUGCAGUGGUUUUUAAAUUGUAAUGCACACCUUAUGUUCAAAAUGUUUACAGGAGCAAUUGUUUUGUUAAACCGACGUGCGUCAAUAUAAAUAUUUAUGGUUUAUUUUUAGGGUGAUUUUCCCGGUUUUGUAUUUUGUAUUAUUCCCUUUUUGUACUAUCAUUUAGACGUAUGUGAACAGGGAUGACCACCCGUUGCUCAUCAUUUACUGGUCCCUCUUCAUUCUGCUCAGUGCCCCCCCCCCCCCCCCCCCCAACCUCCACAGUGUGUGGCUGCUAAAGUUUUCUGCCACAGGUGACGCAAAGUCUUUUUUUUCUUCAUUGAAUAAAAUCAAAGUAAUUUACAGCUCCGUGUCAAUUAUUUGCCUUGGAUUUCCUUAUUUUUGCAUAAAUGGGAUCUUAUAUAAACUGGCACAACUGUGGCGACAUUGAAGUGCUCAGAAAAAU